AUGGCGGCAAUCAAAGAAACAAUAGCGGUGAUAGACAAGUCGGGGAAGAUGGUGUCGAAUAGUAAACAUUUGUUCGGUGUCUUUAAAGAAGCUCGUAAUGCCUAUCGCGAACGCAAAGCCGAAAUUCGAGCGGUCAAAGACGCCGAGAAACAAGCACAAAUUGCAGAACAAGAAGCUCGCCGAAUUAUGGCAAAUCUAGCUCUCGAUGAUAAGCGAUCCGUGGCGUCUUCGAGGAAAUCGGGUCGAACGCGGGCGUCCCAGAACCGGCAUGCAUCAAGUCGGUCACAGCGGAUCGAUGUACCUUCGCGCUUUCACUACGAACAGGAUUUACACCAUGGACAGAUGAUGUACCAGGAACCCAGGUCGCUGCAACAAACGGGACGCCGUCACACUGCACAGGAGAUAACUGCCAAAGAAUCAGCUACCGCAGUCGCAAGAUCGCAAUCCAACAGAUAUGUUGAUAUGGACCUGGCGUAUGGAGAAGCUCAUCCAUUGGCUUUACAACACUACGAACCGAAACCUGCGGACGAGGAUCAACUAAAUGGACUUGUUGCCAAAGCCAAGGGCUUGCUGGAGGAGGCAGACUGUGUGCAGCACACGGCUACCGCCACAAUGGCCCACUUGCAGAAAAACCCCGAUGCCAUGGCAGCCGUUGCAUUAACUCUAGCUGAGAUCAGUAAUUUGACUUCGAAGAUGGCUCCCAGUAUCUUGGCAAGUUUAAAGCUCAGCGCUCCGGGCGUGUUUGCGCUUCUCGCUAGCCCACAAUUUCUCAUUGCCGCCGGUGUCGGUGUUGGUGUGACUAUUGUGAUGUUUGGCGGCUACAAAAUUAUCAAAAAGCUCACUGCAGCACCCACGAUUCCGCGGAUGGAAGCUCCAUUCGAAUUUACAUCUCAGCCUCAACAACCAAAAGCGCCAUCCGCCAGUAUCGAUGAAUUGCUUGAGCUACAGAGUGAACAUCUUAGCCAUGUUGAGGUCUGGCGACGGGGUGUAGCCGACUACGAAGCAAGUAGCGUUGGAUCAACAGUUGAUGGCGAGUUUAUCACGCCAACGGCCGCCAUGAUGUCAGGUCUUGACCUGUCGGAUCCUACUGUGUUCCGACAUCGGGGUCUGGACGUGGAGGAAGGAUCAACAACAUCUUCAAGACGAUCAAAGCAAUCUCGGCAGUCCCGUCAUUCACGACAUACAUCUAGCAAGGCAGGUGGUUCCAAAGCCGGUGGUAACAAAGCAAGCGGUUCCAAAGCAGGCGGUGCGAAAUCAAGAGCAGGCGAGCCGACAACAAGCGAGUCCAGGAAGAAAAAAACGACUGAACCUAAAAGGUCCAGCAGGUUACGAAUGAUGUUUACAGCAUAG